GGCCCGUAUGCACGGGCUGUGUGUUUAUAUGGCUUACAAGACACCGCAUACCGUUGAGUUGACAAAGAGCCAUGGUAGGGAUUGGAUGAUAAGCCGUCGGUUACAAAUCAACUCCUCAACGCUAAUCUAUUCACACGGCAAGCAAUGGAAUGACGGUCGCAACAUUGAAUACAUACGAAUACUCGGGUUUUGUGUCGUCAAGCGUAUUGACUGGGUUGGAUGUGUACGCAAGCUGGUGUGUCUAACCCCUCUUGCCGCCGUUCUAUCCACUAUCGCCCUGCUCCCUAUCUCCUGGGUGUGUAUUUUCUUGUCCUCCUCUUGGGGGUGCUUGGGGUUUCUAUGUUCGGCCACUCCAAGUGUGGUCAAUUUAGUCUUUCGGCUUACUCAUGAACUUGGCCUGGUGUCUUCGACCCAGUAAAUAUCUGGAUUCCUUAUGCCCAUGAACACAACCCGAGAACGCGAAUUCUAUCUGGGCCUCCGCACUGCAGUCACAGCU